UAGUUGCCUUUUAUCUCUGGCAAGGCAGUGUCCGUACUUAACUUCUUCUCCAUCUAGCGUCAAAAAAAAACUUCUUCUCCAUCUCCCUUCACGCCGCAAUCAAGAGAACGAAGGCGCCUAGGGUUGCGGCUUCCAUCUUGCCACUCCAGCGGCUCAUCCCAGCCAGCCACGCCCCAUUGACGGCCUCCUCCAUUCUUCUCUGCACCGGCCUUGUCCCCGUCUUCCCCGCCCUGUUCCAGCUCCCCUCCUGCCAUGCGCCUUGAACUCCUCGGAUCCAACCCAGCUUCCCCUCUGCGUAAUCGUCCUGAGUGGUAACUACGGUCUGACUUCCCGUUGCCUGACCAGGUUGUGUUUGUGAAUAAUGAUGAUUACUUGGUUUGUAGUGUAUAUUGUUAGUUUAUAAGGUGGAAUUGAGUUAGUUUGCAAGGUGUUUGUGAGAAUGCUUAUAUGAUAAAAAAAAGAACAUGUAUUCCAUAGAAAUUUACAGUCAGAACUCUGAUAGGUCAUAGGAUGUGUGAUCCGCUAGCCAAAGGAAUGCCCGAUGCAACCAAUCGCCAUCGGCAUGAAGUCGGGCAUUGGAGCAGGGAGCACUCCGCCCUUGUAUCCGCUGGCGGCCCGACUUGGAUUCAAAUAGUUAUUCAGUUAUAUGCUCAAGUUAUAUUGGUUCUUUAAAUUUAAGGGCUCUUUUUUCAUUUCGCACCGGGCCCCCAAAUUUCUGGAGACGGCCCUGCCACCGAGCAGCGUCCCCGCGCCCGCACGCUACCACCUCGCGCUCGCCUCGUCCUCGGCUGCUCGGCACUUCGGCAGGCACGACCAGGACCGCGCUCGGAGCACGCUGACCGCCGUCCAUCGCAACGGCCCGGGUCGCAACAGGCAGCACGCAGGGGCCAACGCCAGUCCACUGGGCCUAGCUUGUUACAUUUGCAAAGGACAAAUUCUGGCAUGAAUACCACUCAGAAAGUUGAUCCAGGGGAACCAGCUGCUAAGAUUGCUCAACAAGCCUCUCAGUUCAAACGAUGGGGACGCAGACAUCCAUUUGUUCGAUAUGGUCUUCCACUCAUUUCGUUGACAGUGUUUGGUGCGGUUGGUCUAGCUCAUCUUAUACAGGGAAGCAAAGAAGUAACAAAGGAAAAGGAGGAUAUGGAAUGGGAGGUCGUAGAGAAAACAAAAGCUCUGAGCCGAACAGGACCGGUUGAAGGGGCCUAUAAGCCUAAGAAGCUCUCACUAGAGGAUGAACUCAAGGCUUUGCAGCAAAAGGUGGACAUAAACAGCUACGACUACAAGAGAAUUCCCAAACAAAAUGAAAACAAGUGAAGUAAAGCACCGGUUAUCAUGCUAAGGAGUGGGAGAUUUUCUUAAAAGCUCUGAAGUAGUUUCUUCAUAUUGUUACUUCAUAAGUUCCUUGGGAUGCUGUCGAAGUGUUAAAAUGAGAUUAUGGAGACAUUAUCAUCAGAGAACUCUGUGCUUCAUCAGCCACCAGCAGUCGAGACUUAGGUCGAUGAUCCUUAUGAAGGCUUGAACCGUAGGAAUCAUCUUUGUAGCAAUAGGAGAUGGACGUUUUCACAGUCCGCCCAAGUGAGUUUCUUUUUUUGAGUUGAUCGAAUACCGCCUUCAUUAUCAAGGGGCCAAUAAAUUGUAACAGAGUACUCUGACGUGUGAACAAUCAGAUUUUGUAUGCCAUUCCUUGGAAGCUA